AGUAUUGUCUAUGCUUGAGCGCAACGAUCGCUGCAAUUCAAAAAGAAAGGUUUCUGUUAAAUAAAAGAAGUACAUACGUUAAUAAAUUUAAUAUUUUUAUAGGAUAUAAUAAUUAUGCGACAAAUGUUAAGCUAAAAAUAAGCUAUUCCAAAUUAGUUAUUAAUAAUUAUUAAGAAGAGAGAAACAUAUUAAGAUGCCAAGUGCUAUAAGUGAUACUGAGAGACCAAGACAGCCAGACGCUCCAAAAAUGCAACUCGAAUGUUUAGAACUUGCUGGAUGCACUUUGGAUCGGUACAUAAAUGCCGACAAUUCCCGCCCUUCGUUUCUAGAGAUAACCGGCAUAGCUGCUCAAGGGACUCCAACAUGCAGUGGUCUAAACGCCGGAGACUACAGAAAUUUAUCAGCGUUACUCAAUCAUCCAAACUUAUCACAACUGAAGAUAUUGAAUAAAGUCCCAUUGCCACCUGAAAUCAUGGAACAUUUUGCUCAUAUGCAAUGCCAUUGUCUAAUGGGCGUCUUUCCAGAAAUCAGUAGAGUAUGGCUAGCUAUAGAUAGUAAUAUCUAUGUAUGGGCCUUUGAACAUGGUAGCGAUGUGGCCUACUUUGAUGGCCUGGGUGAAACCAUUGUCAGUGUUGGACUAGUUAAGCCUAAACCAGGAGUUUUUCAAAAUUUUGUUAGAUAUUUAUUAGUAUUAACAACAACAGUAGAGAUAGUUGUAUUAGGGGUCACAUUUUCAAGUAGUAAACAGGAUGGAACUGCAGAGUUUGAAGAAAUACAUUUAGUUCCAGAGCCAGUUUUUGUUCUACCAACAGAUGGUGUAUCUAUGUUGUGUGUUAAAUCUACUUCAAAAGGUCGCAUAUUUAUGGGAGGCAAAGACGGUUGUUUAUAUGAAAUUACAUAUCAGGCACAAUUAGGAUGGUUUGGUAAACACUGUAAGAAAGUCAAUCAUUCCACAAGCGCUUUGUCAUUUUUGGUUCCUUCGUUCCUCAAUGCGGCCUUAUAUGAUGAAGAUCCCAUAGUUAAGAUUGAAGUGGAUAACUCUCGGCAUAUAUUGUAUACAUUGAGUGAAAAGGGAUGUAUAGAGGUAUUUGAUUUAGGGAAUGAUGGUGAAGAUUUGAGUAAAGUGGUCAAAUUAUCUCAAGGGAAAAUAGUAUCUUUGGCAAUGGACAUUGUAAAGACACUAGAAGCAAUUAAUUUCAAACCAGUAAUAUCAAUAUCAGCAGUUGAGGAAUCUGAAUCAGAUCAUCUUAAUCUGGUAGCUGUUACACAAACUGGUGCAAGACUGUAUUUUAGUGCUGGAAGUGGAGAUUCAAAUCAAGGACAAGCUCAAAGACCUCAAUACUUAACAUUACUCCAUGUGAGAUUGCCACCAGGAUUCACGCCUAAUGCUUCUGUACUAAAACCUAAGCAAGUGCACAGUGCUGUUUAUGAUAACGGCACCCUGGUGAUGGUGUGCUCGGCGGGCGGUGGUGAGGCAGAGUCGCUGUGGUGUCUGUCGCGCGCGCUGCCGGCCGCUGGCUUCAGCGAGGCUCACACAGUGCUGGCGCUGGACGGGCCUGCCUGGGCGCUCACCGCCCUGCCGCUAGUGCAGCGGGACCACCUCUCGCCGGCACUGCUCGCUAAGAAAGAAGUGUGGUCGUCGUCUCGCUGGGCGGUGGUGAGUGCGUGGGGCGCGGCGCUGCUGUCGGCGGGCGCGGCGCCGGACCUGCUGCGGACUCUCCUGCGGGACUAUCGCGGCCCCGAUGCGCAGCCUGUUAAGGAUAUGUUUCAGCUUAAUGGAGCAGAUCAGGCCUGUGCUUGUGCUCUGUACUUAGCAUGUGAAGACAAUUCCAGCGGGGACUUGUCGAUUAGUGAGUGGGCCGCCAGAGCAUUCUUCCUCUAUGGCAGUCAGGUCGCACCCGCGCCCUUUUUCCCUCAAACUUCACAAGUACAAUCUUCAAUUGGAUCACCCAAAUUCUCACCACGACAAGUGUCAACACCAAUGUCGACUAGGCCUCAAGACCAACUCAGACAAUUAAAUCAGUCCUACCAACAAGCACAAAUAAAUCAAUCUAUGGGGAUGCCUAACCAAUCCUUAAUGCCACAAACAUUCCAGCAAAACAUGAUGAGCCCAACUCCAUUCAAUCAGUCCUCAUUCAUGGGUAACGUAACACAGCAACGAAGAGACAAUUUCCCUAUCCAGGUGGAAUAUACUGCUAAACACAAUGGCUUGUAUAUCUACGUGGGAAGAAUUCUUAGUCCCAUUUGGAACUUGAAUUGUGUUACAAAAUCGAUGACGCCGGACAAUAAAGAAUUUAUGUCCAGUAAAGUGACGGGAGAAGAUUGUGCAUACAUAGUGAAGAAAUUGCAACGCGUGGCGGCGUUUAUACAGCGAGUUGUUGCUCCUCCUCACACAGAGGAACAAGCGUCGUUGCAUGCUUUGAAACUUUUUAUUACUAUGGCAAUUGAAAUGUUGAGCCUGUGGAAAGUUCUUUGCGAACACCAAUUUCACCUAAUAGCCGCCAGUCUCCCUCCUGAGCAGCAAAUUGCGUUACAAGCGGCUAGCUAUAGAGAGUUACUUGUGGGUGGACAGGAAGUUGCAUGUCUGUUACUCGGCUCCCUCGUGGCUGGCUACUUACGAGAUAAUGCUUCUGUUGACGGUAUUUCGCAAAAGUUGAGACAGCUGUGUCCAACACUAUACAGACAAGAAGAUGCUACAUGUUCUAAAGCAAACGAACUUUUGAUAUUUGCAAAACAACAAAAAAAUCCAGCAGAGCGUGAAGAAAUGCUCCAACAGGCACUAAAAUUGUGUAAGGAUGUAGCCCCAAACGUGAAUCUGCCACUGGUGUGUUCGAAACUAGUGUCAGUUGGUUAUUACUCUGGCGUGGUGGAACUAUGCGUCACCUGCGCGAGCAAACUCGACCCACAGGAUAAAGCUUUAUAUUACUACAAGAGCGACCAGCCCUCACAAGAUAGAGAAGGACAAUUAACUUAUUAUAGAAGGAUGGAAAUAUACCGUGAAGUAUGCAGUGCUUUAGAGCGUCUAUAUGAGCGUAGUGCGGAAGCUACCAGUAAUAGCUCUUCUUCGACUUCGGACGCUCUACAUACAAUUUCGCCUGCAGAUGCCAAUUAUCAGGGGAGAAAACUCGUCUGGGAUUGCCUUUGUCGUGACGACGAACUAUUGCAUGUCGCCGUUUAUGAGUGGCUCGUUUCUAAAAACUUGGGUUCAGAAUUGCUGUCUCUGAAUGGCGCGCCGCCCGCGUCCCUGCGCACGUACUUGACGGCGGCCGCGCGACAGGCGCCCGCCGCCGCCGCGCUGCACCUGCUGGACCUGCUGUGGAAGGUGCUGGAGAAAGCGGGCGACCACCUCGCCGCCGCGCACGUGCUCGAGGGGCUCGCCACCAAGCCCGGGACGGGCGCGACGCUGGCGCAGCGCAUGUCGUGGGUGUCGGCGGGCGUGGUGUGCGUGCGCGGGGCGGGCGCGCGCGCGGCGGGCGGCGCCGAGCUGCUGCGGCGCCUGGAGGAGGCGGCGGAGGUGGCGCGCGUGCAGGCCGCCGUGCGCGCCGCGCUGCGCUCGUCCGCCGCGCACGCGCCCGCGCUGCUGCUGCAGCGGCUGGACGACGAGCUGCUCGAGAUCACGCAGCUUUAUGAAGAAUACGCGGACCGUUUCAACCUAUGGGAGUGUAAGCUGGCAAUAGUGCAAUGCUCCGGCCACAACGACGCUCUGUUAGUCGAGAACAUCUGGAGUAAUAUUUUGGCGGAAGCCGAAGUAGCGUCCCGCAAUUUGGCGACGCCCGACGAGAGGCUCUCCUCUGUCCUAGGCAAACUUACUACUUUAGGACGGGAAUAUGUUAACACUGGACACUGUUUCCCAUUGUAUUUUAUCGUUCGUCAAUUAGAAAUAAUGAGCUGCAAGUUACAAUCCGAAAAGAGUAUGGUAUUUAGAGCCGUACUAAACAUUGGCGUUUCCUUGGAACAAGUUUUGGAUAUUUAUAUAAAACUGGUGAGCGUGAACGAGCGCGUGUGGCUGGGCUGCGGCGACGAGUCGCACGUGUGCGCGGCGGCGGCGCUGCUGCUGGCGGCCGCGCGCGCCGAGCUGGCGCCGCUGUCGCCCGCGCUGCGCCGCCGCGGGCUCGCGCGCUGCAAGGACCUGCACGAGGCCGCGCUCUCCGCGCUGCAGAGUCGACCGAACACUCAACAUCUCAUUGAUAAGCUGUCAGUGGCGCAGGCACAUUUAGAUCGUAUGGAUUAAUAAUUUUGGCGUUUCGAUUCUUAAAGCACUCGGGAAACUAACUAAAAAAUUAAUUUAGCCCUAUAAAUUUGCUGCUUUAACGGAUCUUUUAAAAUAAAACUAAGUUGACAUCAUAAAUUUGUUAUUUAUAUUGUUAAAUGCUAU